UUGUCAACAUUAGGGUUUCUCGACAUCUAUUGCGGUACCGUAGAAGGAGAGAGGGCGACAAAGCGGACACUUCUGCAGGAAUCUAUCUACGUACCGCAAACUUUCGUGCCCUUGCCCCUUCUGGGCAAAUUUUCAGGAACUAAUAUUGAUUUUAUUAUCGUUCAAUGUCUUACACUUUGGUAUCUUACCGUUCUUGGAUCAACGGUUAUGUGGACGGUAGUUGUGUCAUCCGCUGCUUACUUAGCCAGAUCUAGGACGGUAUUUCCAGCAUCCGCUUUUAUCGAGCUGGAUCUACUUCCCCGAGCCCCACUUUAUGGGGAAGUGUAUAUGGUGAACAAAGGUAAAUGGGGAUUUAGGCUUGCCAACAAGUAUAAUCGAGCAAUGAAUGCAUUCAAAAAGGCAUCCAAAGGACAAGAGAUGCUUGGUCUUAGGCCUUGGGAUGCAGUGAAACUCAUAGAGUAUGCAGGAGAUAUGACAAAGGAAGUGCCCGAAUGGAAUGAAGUAGUUGAGUGUUAUAAACGUGCAAGUUGUAUGUUGAGGCACGAAGGUCCCAGCUUGCAUCCGAUGCACUUGCAAAGGGUGCCCGGCGUUUAUGUGAAGCUUGAGAAGUAA